GCGUGAGGUCAUCUGACCAACGGUCGCGGGAAGCCAGUUUUAAGAUUUCGGGCGUGCUUCUCAUUCAUACCUAUUUAAGUAGGUAAAGUUUGUAAACAAGAGGGUAGUUAGAGGUUCAUCUGAAAGGAUUUAACUACGUUUGAAAGACGUCACGUUGUGUGGAUAAUUAAAUCAAGCAUCGAGGACUUUUCGUGAAAUUUGACUUGGCGUUGUGUACAGUGCUGUGAACUGUAGGAUCGCGGCCAUUUUCAUCUCUAUACGGAGGAAAGGGGUGUGUGAUUUUCGCACCGUGUAAUCUAACAGCAUUUAUCACCUCGUCUUGAAUUGUACGUAUAAGAGGAGGACAAAGAAAACAACCAGCAGUAGUCCAUCAGGUACUGACAGAAGUUGACGUGUGACUUAAAGUAAGGAUACUUCGGAAUUAGUUACGGGUCUUGGGGAAUGUUACGGUAGUGCUACUUUUUUUACGAGGCUAUCUUGCGUUUUGCUGGCCGGCUGUAAAGCUUCACUGGAGGUGUCCGAAAGCGUCGGUUAAAAUGAGCCUCGGUUGUCGGCGGCAUGAUAGCUCGUCUCCAAAGAUGGGAGAUGUUCGGCAGAAAUUACACUUUGCGCCCAGUGAUGGUGAGGACGAGCCGGUGGAGGACGAGGGCAACAGCAGCACGGGGGCGGAAUCGGGCUUUACAGAAAUGGACUCCCCUCCGCAAGCCCGACGGCUUGGGACGAAGAAGGCAGACGGGGAGGAGGCCAGCAGCCCCCUGAACCGCGACGACACCGAGUUCUGGGACGAGGAAUUCGGUUUCGGAUCCCCCUCUCCGAAGAAGGCUGGUCAGGCGUACGGAAGAAGGUCGCCGGAGAGACUUUACCGUCGGGAGGACAGAGAGGGCUCGAGUUCGCCGAUACCUGACUGCCCCGAUACGCCUCCCCAUAAGACGUUCAGAAAGCUGCGACUUUUUGACACGCCGCACACGCCAAAGAGUUUGCUGUCCAAAGCCAGCUCGGCGGGCGUUGGAUCCUUCAGUCGCAGAGUCGCACUCUUUAGGGGUGUGGACCCCGCUGGAAAGCUCCCAUCCUGCCAAAGAAACCAGGCACCCCUGGUUAACAUCAAUCCGUUCACGCCGGACUCGCUGCUCGUACAGUCUGCAGCGCUGCAGAAGAAGAGCAGGAAAAGGACACACUGGAAUGAUUCUUGUGGGGAGGACAUGGAAGGAAGUGACGUGGAGUGUGAAGAUGAAAUUAUCCCACCUUCUAAGAGGGCAUCAAUGAUGGAGAACAACAUGAUGUCCAGAUAUGCCACAGAAUUUUAUGAAUUGGAGAAGAUUGGCUGUGGGGAGUUUGGUUCGGUAUUCAAGUGUGUGAAAAGACUUGACGGCUGCAUCUAUGCCAUCAAAAGGUCCAAGAAGCCCCUGGCUGGUUCUAUUGAUGAGCAGAAUGCACUUCGAGAAGUGUAUGCUCACGCUGUCCUCGGACAGCACCCCCAUGUGGUCAGGUAUUAUUCUGCAUGGGCAGAAGAUGACCACAUGUUGAUACAGAAUGAAUACUGCAAUGGCGGUACCCUCUCAGAUGUUAUCAGGGAGAACAGUAAAGCCAUGCGUUUCCUCUCUGAAAUGGAGCUGAAAGAUCUGCUUUUACAAGUAGCCCGUGGAUUGAAGUACAUUCACUCUACAUUGCUGGUUCACAUGGAUAUCAAGCCAAGUAAUAUCUUUAUAUCGCGAAAGACUGUUGCUUGUGCUGACGAGGAUGAAGACGAAGAUGAUGCGGCAACAGCAAGUGUUGUAUACAAAAUAGGUGAUCUUGGUCAUGUGACUAGGGUGAGCAAUCCUCAAGUUGAAGAGGGUGACAGCAGGUUCUUGGCAAAUGAGAUCCUUCAAGAGGACUAUAGAAACCUCCCAAAAGCAGAUAUAUUUGCUCUAGCACUGACUAUCGUCAGUGCUGCAGGUGCAGAAGCACUGCCCCCUAAUGGCGACAAGUGGCAUGAGAUACGGCAAGGAAAACUACCCCAGAUACCGCAAAUGCUGUCUGCGGAAUUCUUAAGUGUACUUAAGCUGAUGAUUCACCCGGAUCCAGAAAAGAGGCCUUCUUCAUCUUCUCUUAUUAAGCACCCAGUUUUGCUCACAGCUGCCAGGAUGAGCGCUGAUCAGCUGCGUGUAGAGCUCAACGCUGAGAAGUUCAAGAAUACCCUACUUCAGAAGGAGCUGAAGAAGGCGCAAAUAGCCAAAGCUGCUGCAGAAGAGAAGGUGUUGUGUACGGAGAGAGUCCUGACCCGAUCCAGCAUUCAGGCCGGUAGCAGAUCGUCUCGGAUUAUUGGCAAGAAGAUGAACCGCUCUGUCAGCCUUACCAUCUAUUAAAGCAAGCGUGUGUCCCCAAGGCACAGGACUGGUGUUUGUGCUGGGCACUGGACUUGUGUGAUCUCUCUGGCAUUGUGUAUGUGUGUGCCUCAAUGCUGUAGUUGUGCAUAUACUGUCAAAUGCUAGUAAAUGUGGCUUCAGCUCUGACCUAGAAUAUUACACAAUCUAUAAAUACUGCAGAGUCCUGUGGCACUUUGGAGGGGGCUCUACAGUGGUUCUGUAAUGGGGAGUUUUUAAAUGAAGGCAGAGUUACUGGAGUAUUCUAAGACCGUGAGAUGGUGGUAGAUAUUUGCACCUUAUGAAAUACCUGAUGGGUAAGAAAGCUGGGUCACCUGAUCAGCUUGGUAUUAAACUGAGCACUUUGAAGGCAAUGGCUGAAAUUGCCAGAAAACUGCUGCUAUUUUUGUUUAUUAAUGGGGUGGGUGGAAGUUGAGCUUUUUUCCUCUUUAAAUAUAUAUAUUUUUUAAUGUCUUUAAUUUUUAGUCCUUUAAUUUCAUGCAAAUGGCUUGUGAACCAUUGUGGCUUUUUUUUCCGUGUUAGAUUUACCCAUGAAUGUGAUAUUUUGCCUAACUUUUGGAAGUUUCUGGCACCAGGAUUAAAAAAAAAAAAAAAACUCUUAUCCACCUCAGCUUCUGUGCCUUACUGUAGCAUUAAUACAAUCUUUUUUUUUUUUUCUAUCAAUUGCUGUAUAAAGUGCAGCUGUCGACUCCUAUAGUACUUUGGAUGUCAUCACACCAGUUUUAAAAUAAAGUUUUACUCGUUUCAA